AUGGGUGCAUCCGAUACCCUCGCCAACCCUGACUUGGAAAAGGGUCAGCCGCCCGCGACUCUGCAGCCUACCGAACUGCAUCCAGACAACGUCGUAGAUUAUGAUGGCCCCGAUGACCUCGAAAACCCAUUCAACUGGCCUCGCUGGAAAAAAGGCCGCCAGUUAGUUCUCAUGGCGUUCAACACCUUUAUCACACCCUUGGCUUCCUCCAUGUUCGCCCCCGGAGUGGAGGACGUUAUGAUCGAUUUUCAUUCCACCAGUACCAUGCUCGCCUCCUUCGUGGUGUCUGUCUAUGUCCUGGGAUAUAUGAUCGGCCCUUUUUUCAUCGCCCCGCUCUCGGAGAUUUAUGGUCGGGUGCCCCUCUAUCAUGCAUGCAACAUCCUGUUCCUCAUCUUCACCAUCGCCUGCGCCGUAGCCCAAACCAUGCCACAGCUGAUCGUCUUUCGUCUUCUGGCUGGUACCGCCGGUGUUUGCCCCCUCACCAUCGGCUCAGGCACCGUGGCCGACAUGGUUCCCAAGGAGAAGCGCGCCGGUAUCAUGGCCAUCUGGGCCAUGGGGCCCAUCCUCGGCCCCGUGGUAGGACCGGUAGCUGGUGGCUUCCUCGCCGAAGCUGAAGGCUGGCGCUGGGUGUUUUGGGUGAUCGCGAUCGCUACCGCAGUAAUGAGUAUUCUGUGCAUGAUUUGGUAUCGCGAAACCUAUGCCCCCGUCAUUCUGGAGAGGAAAGCGGCCCGGUUACGCAAGGCUACGGGCAAUCCCAACCUACGUUCGGUCCAUGACCGUGGCCAGCAGGCGCGUGAGCUCCUUCUGAUCGCAUUGGCUCGCCCGCUUAAGCUCCUCGUCAAAUCGCCCAUUGUCCUCCUCAUGGUGCUCUUUGCCGCCAUCACCUAUGGGUACUUGUACCUGAUGUUCACCACCAUCACCUCCAUCUUCGAGGACGUCUAUCAUUUCUCCCCAGGCGUCGCAGGCCUGGCAUAUCUGGGAUUCGGUGUGGGCUGUCUGAUUGGGCUCGUCAUCUGUGGCGCCGUUUCCAAUCACAUUGCGCGCACCCAUUCGGCCAAGGGGUGUUUCACCCCAGAAUCACGCUUGCCGCCCAUGGUCUUCGGCUGUUGGGCCAUCCCCAUCGGCUUGUUUUGGUACGGCUGGGCAGCCAAGGCCCAAACCCACUGGAUCGUGCCCAUCCUCGGCACUGGUGUCUUUGCCAUUGGCCUGAUGACCGUCUUCAUGUCGGCCAGUACCUAUCUGGUCGACUCCUACCUCCGCUACGCCGCUUCGGUGACGGCCGCCAACACAGGUCUACGAUCGCUGGUUGGGGCCCUGUUGCCCUUGGCCGGACCUUCCAUGUAUGAUGCCCUGGGCUUGGGUUGGGGUAAUUCUCUUCUCGCCUUCAUUGCGCUCGUGAUGUGUGCGUGUCCGCUGUUCUUUUGGCGGUACGGGGCACGCAUCCGGACGCACCCUCGAUUUCAGGUCAAGUUGUAAAAGAUACCCUAGACGUGUAUAGACAAAAG